AAAGCCCAGCUCAUUGGUCCACACUUUGGAGGCCAGGUGUAUAAAAGGUCCAGAUUUGAAGGACUCAUCAGAUUCUGGGAAAUUCACCUGUGAACAGCAGCCCACCCUCCACCCCAACACCAUGACCCACUGCUGCUCCCCUUGCUGCCAGCCCUCCUGCUGCAGGACCACCUGCUGCAGGACCACCUGCUGGCAACCUACCUGUGAGACCACCUGCUGCAGCACACCCUCCUGCCAGCCCAGCUGCCAGCCCAGCUGCUGUGAGUCCAGCUGCUGCCAGCCUAGCUGCCGCCCAACUUGCUGUCCAACCACCUGCUGCAGGACCACCUGCUGGAAACCUAGCUCUGUGACCACCUGCUGCAGCACACCCUGCUGCCAGCCCAGCUGCUGUGUGUCCAGCUGCUGCCAGCCUUGCUGCCGCCCCACUUGCUGCAGCACACCCUGCUGCCAGCCCAGCAGCUGUGCACCCGUGUACUGCACCAGGACCUGCUACCACCCCACCUCCGUCUGCCUGCCUGGUUGCCUCACCCAGAGCUGCGGCUCCAGCUGCUGCUAGCCUUCCUGCUGCUGAUCCACUCCCCAAAGGACCAUCAUCGUCCCACAACAGUCUUCCAUCAACUGACUUAUCUGUUCAGGGACAAAGUCACUUCCAAACUUUGCUCGAGACCACCAUCCUCUAACCAAAAUUUGUUACCUGUCUGCAUGUUUGCAACCCUGUGAAUCAGCUUGAGCAACUGCAGACUACUUCACUUUGAUGCUCUUCUUCCUUAUGCCUGAUGGAUCACGUACAAGCUUCAUGCAUCCUCGGUUUGGAGUUAUGGUCUUGACUUUGACUCUAACAUCAAUAUCUUCACUCUCUCCCUCCUUGGAACAUAGGAAAACAAAUCCUCUUCGUUUUUCAUAUGCCUC